AGCAAGCAUUUAUCCCGGGAAAGCAUUUACCCCAGCCAGAAAAGAUACAAUCAGCAAUGUCAUUGCCACAAGCAUUUACAGCCGCGAACCGCUCUCGCGUCGCAUCCCUUUACCGCCGCUCCCUCAAACUCUCCCUGGACUGGGUUGUGGACCAUGGCCAUUGGCGUCGUUACGCAAUGCUCAUUCGGGAGGAUUUCGAGGCGAAUAAGAACGUCACGGAUCCGCGUAGACUGGCGCUUAUCCUCGAGGAGGUUGAGGCGAAGUUGAAGGAGUACAGGCAUCCGGAUCCCUAUAUUCCUCCUACUGCACCAAAUGGAACGAAGUGGGAGAGAAACAUGCCGCCGCUUUAUGGUGAGCAGGGACCCGUCAAACAUUGAGGUUAUAGGACUCCCUCGUCAGCAGUAAAUCGACAUCUCGAUGUGCGGUGAAAUUAGAG